GUUUGAUUGCGAGUAUGUGGUGCUCCAAAUAAGCCUAUGAAACAUUGGCGUAGAUAUCAUGGGCGUAGAUAUUAGAAAGAUUUCAGUCACGGUUAUUUCAAUACUUAGAGCUACGCAUGGAGCUACGUAUCAGUGAUAAGGCGAAUCGCGCGCAGGUAUUUUCUGUAGGAAAAUGUUCAUCUACGAAAAAACAUAAUUCGCUACGUAACAUGGAUAAACAUGUUAUAACAUGGUGGUUUUGAUAUUGGAGACGCAGUAAUCUAACGGCAGGAUGUAUUGCACACUGAAGAAAUGUUUUUGUAGAAAUGGAGCAAUCAGAGCUUUGAGCACUGGGGAAGUCUCCACUGCACUGAGGCCUUUUUACUUUACUGUUCAUCCAGAUCUCUUUGGUCAAUUUCCUACACAACGGACUGUGAAUGAAAACUCAUUGAAGCAGCUUAGUUCUAUUAUAGAAACAUUACAGCAACAAAAACCAAUUAGACCAACUACGUUGCCAUUUUACUUACGGUCAAAAGAUGAAAAGGAUGUGAAAGCUGGGAAAUUUACUUUGGUGAAAAUACAAUUGAACGAAAGAGACCUUAAGAAAACCAUUCUCUCUAUCCUGAAAACGUGCAAUUUGCCAACAACAUUUUUGGAUAAGAUACAGGAAGAAAAGCCACCUAAUCCCAAAUACAAAUCAAGAUUUUGGCAAGACCGAGGCUUGUCUGGGGAACGACUGGACUUCUCUGAAUUAGAAGAUGAUCCCAUUUUUGCAGCUAUUUUUAUGAGAAGGAAAAUCAAUUCUGAGCCAGAUACGUUUAAAGCAUAUUUGGACAAACACGUAAACGAGGCUCAUAUCAAACUUGAAGCAUGUCGACCAGUGCGCGAAGAAGUGAAAAAGCUAGAAGAAGAAUUAUGUGCAGCUUUGGGUCUAAAAAGUAUUAUAUGGGACUGCGGUUGGAAUAUUACCCAUUACCGUGGGUGCCUGCUAGCUUUUCAAGCCCUCGCGAAGCACCACCCUGAGCCAAUGGUAGUUUUAAAAGACCGCACACUCGUUUUUGCAAAUGACACGGGCAUUAAUCUUGAAGGGAACGUUAUGCUGAAUUCAGGAGAAGUUAGACACAAUUGGCUUGAUCUCAUUAAGAACGUGCGAAAGCACGAUGUGGUACUGCUUCGGCUGCCAGCAUUCGAGAAGGCGGUGUCAACUGUACUCCUGGGUAUUAAAGUGGGUCGACGGGUGCUCUAUAUGUGCAGAAAGUUUAUGCCGAAAAUAAUGGUGGGCCAGUACGAGUCACAACUUCGUCAACUCACGACGACCCUUUCCGAUUAUCGUGGACGACGUAACUAUCCGAGUACAUGGCCGAGUGACUUGUCUGCGUACGAAAUCGUUAUUGAAACUGAGGCAGGACCUCUCAUGCUGUCCCCAACUGGACAAUUCAUCGUGCCAUCUUCUUGUCCCAGUUUUCUCUUGAUAAGUUUUAUCACUGAAAACUUGGACGAAGCCACAAAAAGACUACAUCACUAUAACAAUGUGAAGCAUGUGGAACGAGAUCUUCACGACAGGGCAGUCAAGGAAUUGGGUCUAGUUGCGUUGAACAAGGAUGACAGCAUAACUCCAGAUCUAAUGAUCCAAUGCUGUCAACGUCUUCUUAUUCACAAAACAGUUCUGGCACCAAUGCUCGAAGGUGUUAUGCUCUGGGUAACACAUUACUACUCUGUAAUGAGUGACGGUGUUCUAUGUGUUCCAUGGGACUGGAAACUGUGAAGUUGUAUCAUUUGAUAGUUAGUUACUGAUUCAUUAGUAGAAUUGCAAAUGAGUCUAUGUACUGCAUAAAAUGCCCAAUGUACAAAUGAUUGAUCGAUCAUUGUAAAAGAUGAAGAGUAAUAUUCUCACCACACAAAAUGUAACCUUAUAUCAGUCUUGUAGGAGAAUAUUUAAAUAGAGCAGAGUUUCAUAGCUCGAUUUUAUUAGCCAAAUGUUUUACAAGUUAACGAUGUAAUACAAAUACGUAUUACUUCCUGUUUUAACUAACUUAUAACGAUUGCACGUGCCUGAUUUACGAAGAGGUGCGUCUAGAAUAAACAGUGAUUUUUCUUUGUAUGUAAAUACAAACUAGAUACUAGCCCUAGCAGAAUUAAAAUGUCAAUCACAAAGUUUAUUCGCACCGUGAACCUUGUCUUUAAGGUUCUUCAUUCAGGCUCAAAUUUAGUAGAAAUUAUUUUUAAACUUAUGUGUAUGCAUAUAGUUUUUUAAUAAAAUUUACGUUAGACAGGGA